UUGGUGGGAGCUGUACGACAUUGCUGGAGCCGCUGCAGACAAUGGAAGGGGGAGCCGUUGCGGAGACUGACCGGCAGCCAGAGAGGGGGGCCGCGGAAGGAGGGCUCCCUGCAGCCGGGCCCGCCAAGAAGGCCCGGCUGUACGGCCAGAAGCGCUUCAUCUGCAGCGAGUGCGGCAAGAGCUUCAAGCAGUACUGCGACCUGAAGAGGCACGGCCGGGUGCACACGGGCGAGAGGCCGUUCCACUGCCCAGCGUGCGGCAAGCGCUUCAGCACCUCGUACAAUCUGCUGAUCCACCGGCUGGUGCACAGCGGCGAGAAGCAGUACAAGUGCCGGCUGUGCGGCCGCGAGUUCGUGCAGCUCCACCACCUGGUCACCCACCAGCGCACCCACACCGGCGAGAAGCCGUACCCGUGCCCGGUGUGUGGCAAGGCCUUUCGCCAGUCCUCCACCAUGGCGGUGCACCGGCGCAUCCACGGCGAAGAACGGCCUUACCGGUGCCCGGACUGCUCCAAGUGCUUCAAGACCUCGUCCAACCUGUCCAAGCACCGGCGCAUCCACGGCGGCGAGCGGCGUUUCGCCUGCGAGGCGUGCGGCCGCCGCUUCCUGCACUCGCACCACUUGGCCACACACCGGCGCACCCAUUCCGGAGAGCAGGCCUCUUCCUCCUCCUGCUGCUGCUGCCCGACCUGCGGCCAGAGCUUCUCCAACCCGGGCCGCCUGCUGGCGCACCACCGGCUGGCCCACACCGGCGAGCCGCCGUACCGCUGCGAGACCUGCGGCCGCGGCUUUAAGCAGAGCUCGACCCUGGUGCGGCACCGGCGCACCCACACCGGCGAGAGGCCGUACAGCUGCCCGAUCUGUGCCAAGGCUUUCCGCCAGACCUCCACCAUGCAGGUCCACUACCGCACGCACUUCGAGGACCGGCCCUACCGCUGCCUGCAGUGCGGCAAGGGCUUCAAGAGCGCCUCCAACCUGAUCGGCCACCACCGUGUCCACAGGAGCUAGAGAGCUCGGCGCCACUCAGCCAGAGUCCAGCCAUCCCAAUAGAGGCGGAAUGCUCCAUUUCAAAAAUAUACUUUAUCCUUAACUUACUUACAGUUCACUUUGGACAAUGCAUAAAGUAUUGCCAUUCUUCAUAUCGAGCUUCAAUUCAAUUGCAAACAAAGUCUAAACAUGACAAGAAACUAUCUGCAUUCAAUUAAAGUUAUGAAUUUUAAUUUUAUUGCAAAAAAAUUUAAUCAUAAAUUACCUGUAGAUGCAGUACGGAGCAGUUCAGUUUGGACAUUGCAUUGGAUCCAGUAAAAUUAUGAUAUUCCAUGUUAGCUUCAUCCAGGCAUUAUCAAAACACGACAAGAAAUUAUUUAGGUUCCCAUUAAAUAUAUGAGGGAUUGUGCAACUGAGCAGACACUCGUUAUGCUUUGACAGAAAGGCCUUAAUCGGUGGUCUUUCCCCAUGGUGUCUUGCCUGCAGCUGCCCCAAGCUUUAGUGCAUCCCUCAGCACAUAGUCCUGGAUCUUGGAAUGUGUCAGUCUGCAACACACAGUCGAGGCCUUUGCGCCCCAGGGAGACCAAACAGCGUAUUUCACCGAUUUCAUGGUCUUCUGGGUGGCAGUCAGUGUUUGUCUCGAUGUCCAGGGAACAGACCGUAGAGCACAAGAGUCCUGUGUCACGGAGUUGUUCUGGACAAACCUCAACAAAAUUCACUGCAUCUCUUUUCAGACCUUCUUUGCAAAGGCACAUUACAGAAGGAGAUGUGUGACAGUCGGUGCAGUAGUGCACUGAGAGCAGGCAUGCAUGAAGGAUCUAACAGGCAGUGGCCUUCUCCCCACUAGCCACGUUACCUCCUGGUGCUUGUUGGAACGUUCUGCUGAUGAGGUAUUGUGUCAAAUGACUCUGACAGUCUGCUCAACCAACAGAAUCCACCCUCUCCUUUUCACGCAAGGUCUCAAUGCCUCCUGCUGACCACUGCUUGAUGGACUUGUGGUCAAAAGGGUUUUUCCUUGCAAAUUUUUCAACCAGAAUGAUGGUACACUAUGGUCCUAUUACUUAGUGUUCGACAGCAUCAUAACCAGACUCAUCUUUCACAACACCAGGGACAGGUAGAACCUCGGUACGUAGAGUCAAUUGGUGUUUGCAUACCAAGAGCUAAAACUACAAAUAUUGCACCUGCUGAAACCAUCACACCUGCCCUCCAUUCAGUAUCUCCAUUCGCAACUAUUCACUGCAAGCAGCUUUUAACCUGAACAUACUUUUACAUGCGAGAAACAGGAAUUCCCUUUGUAAGAAAAUUCCUAUGAAUGACUGUGUGUGAAAGAUGCAGAGUUAAUCACUUCCUUUUUUUUAAACACCAGUCUUUAUGCCUUUGCGGAAUUUAAAAGUCAGCUAAAAAUUUCCUAAACUGAUCUAACCUUAGUAACGGGUUUGAGCUGGCUGAAAUCUAAUGCUUAAUUCUCACACAUGCAUCCAAACUUAGUGAUUUAAUGCAGUUUGAAUUUGAGUGUCUCAUUUUCAAUGUCUUUGAUAGCCUGGUCACUCAUUUCCAGGAUGCUAUGGUUCUUCUGCUUCACAUAGAGUUGACUAAUGGAAUAUCCCAUGAGACAGACUCUGGAAAUUCAGAUAAGCAUAGAGAACAUAGCUUGACUUUCCCAAAAAUGAUGUGAAACACUGCAUUUAAAGGAUUUGCACAGAUCAUUGAGUUAUGAUCCUUGAUCACUCGACGUAUUUCUUGAAUUAGAUAAAAGCUGUUAUGUUGUCCAUGCACAACUAUUAUUCAAUUUGCUGUUUGUGUAACAGUUCCACUUCAUAUUUUUAAACUUUAUACAUAAGCAUGAUCUAUCAUGAUGCAUUAUCACAUUUGAAAAAUGAAGUAAGACUUUAUAGUGCUACAAGAUAAUCCAGUCUUUAAAAUCAGUGUUCUUGCAGGUUUAGCUGUUUAGCUACUUAUUGGUAAAUGCUGAACUGGAUUUCCAGACAGAGAAAGACACUCAUGAUUGAGACUCGAGCGUGAGUAAUUGAAGAUGUGUAAACCAAAUUAAUAUGUGGCAAAACCUAAAAUAUAAAUCCUAAAAACAUAAUUACUAGGUUCUUUAAAUGGGAAAUUUGCAACCUUGCCAUUUUGAGGACCAUCCUAACCCUAUGGCACAGAAAUUAAUUCUAGGGUUGCCCAAAUUGGAAUCUGUCAUCUCAGCAUAAACCAGCAUUGAAUCUCGAGGGUAUUCCUUGGCUGAGAUUUCUUUUUAAAAUGUCCAGUAGGGACCAUGUAGGAGAAAUGCUGUCCACUAUGAAUUCCCCAGAGAAUUUCACGACAGCAGGAGAAAUGUUGGCAUAAUGUAGCAUAGGGAUUUGCCUCCCUCUUCUUUCCUGAUAUAUUUUCUUGUGUUUUGUGUUGAGCAAUUUGCCCAAGUUUUCACAGCACGUGGUACAUGAAGGUGCAUGGAAUGGGCAGUGGAGCUGUUUGGCUACACACUGGCAAAAUGCCUUAAAACAUGGAUUUUAGGUCUGUAGACAUUCUCUUCUCCCUGCUUCUAUCUCUCUUUUAGGAGCUAAAAUCAAAUAAUCUGCCCUCUUACUCUGGCUGAUCUGUGCUGAUCAAAAUUGGUAAUUUAAAACACCAAGCACAUACAGAUCAGAUAUUGCACGGUCAUUAUGCAGACUAUGCUGCCUCUACCCAGGCUGUAUGGUAUAUGUUAACCCCAGACCUGGAAGAGUACUUUUCUAUAACAUCCAUCCAUCCUGUCUGAUGUCAACUGUGUUUAGAUUUAUCUGAUAUUGCCAGUUAGCUUCAAAUUCAGUUUGUUUUGUGCUGAUGGUGCAUACCUGCUGCAGGCUGGAUUGAGACUGCCUGCUCUCAAUUCUUACAGGAACCUUAGCCGGCAGAAGGCAUUUCCAUUUGAUUGGUAUGGUCUGGAUUUGAGCCCAUGUCCCGGAGAUGAAAAGAUCACUGCCAAACCAUUUCCACCUACCAGUCACUUCUGCACAUUGCUGUCCUACCAGGGAAGGUCCGAGAAAGCAUUUAUUAUUGAAGCUUGACUGUAAUAAACCUGUUGAAUAUAAAAUGAAUAUUCAUCAGAAUUUGAGGGAAAGUCAGUUCAUCCGUCCCAGUGGGUGAAUCACGAUCUUUAGAUAAAGUGACUGGAAAUUUCCUUUUUAUGAAGACACACCUACUCUCCUCUAGCUGUGACUGCACUGAACUCCAUUUCCUGUCUAGUGGAAUUAGAAUUUCCCAUUAAAAGCCACAGAACUGACGAUUGAUUGCCUGUCUAUCGUGCAGCUAUUUUCUGCAUGUGUUUGAACAUUCCUGCUGAAAUUUGCAUGAACUUUCCAUUACUUUUGGAUGUGGGCAGAAGAGUAUAACUGCUAAAUUACUGUACAACUUCAGUACUGAGUAACAUUUGAAAAGCAUCAACACCUACUGGCUUAUUUUCAGUUUAUAGAUAUUAUUUUCCCAUCAUUUAAUAAGUGGGCAGCAGAAGAUAUGCUAUGUGUUAGUCAUUAUCUCUUGAAACUGUUAUUUAACUAUUGAUGUAGUACUGCUCAUAUGAAUACCCUGUUUUUGUGAUACUAUGUUCAACAAAAAGUCUAUAAUGUAGUGCUUCUAUGACACGGCUUAGGAAUUUGUCUAGUUGUGGUUGGUGGUUUGUAUGUAUAGAGUAGUUAGGUAGGGACAAAGAGAGAUGAGCUGUGUGGUAGGGUAUCAUGGGAUGUUUCUGUGUGUUCAGAGAUGAUAUUACCCACACCUCUAGAGCAAGUGGAGACUUGAACCCGUGUCUCUGGGUCUCAGAGGUAGAGACAUUACCACUGCAAAACUCCCUCUCUGUUUUUGUCUAAAGGACUUUCUGAAAUACCGUGGACUGACCCACGGUAACUGUAGGCUAUGCCUCCUUGGACUGAUUUUCCCAGCAAAGCAAAUGGUUGCUCUGCAUUUGGCCCAUUUUUCUUAAUUAAGCUGUUCAGAAAUGUUAUUGCACACCUCUGCAGAUAGGACUUGAACCCCCAGGUGGGGACAUUACCACCUCACCACACGAAUCCUCAUUGAUGACCCUUGAACGAAUUGACUCAUCCACAUUGUGCCCAGCAGAAAGGUCGAGGGUUCAAUUGCCCUAACACUUCUUAGUGGGAGAACCUUCAGCCUUUGCAGUGUCUGUGAUUUCUGAAGUCGGAUUUCUCAUUUAAGUGCUGACAACUUGAAGAUGGUAAUCGAAUUUGAGGCAUCUGUUCUCGUAAAAUGGCCCAGAAUGACACAAAGCGUCUGUUUUCUAGUUCUCGAACCAGUACCAGGGACUUGCACAUUUCGCUCACGGCCACGGCCGCACCCUUUGAGGUUUCCGAAUGACUCACACACGAGAUCAACGUGUUGUGACAGGAAGGUCAAUAUUCAUCUUGAUUACAAUCAAAAUUAUAGUUCAGGCUCCGCCGAUAUAGACUAUCAACUCAAACAUCGAUUUUACCGAUAUCGAAAACUGGCAGAUCUUGUCAGCUGAAUAUUAAUUUGUCAGUGUUCAGGGAAAUGUGUGGGCUGAUAUGGCCUUUUAUUCUCACGCAAUCGGGAGGACCUGAGGAUUAAACAGUUUCCGAAACAUCCGGAAGUCCCGUUUAUGUGAAACACUUGAUCCCUUGGUCCAGCCUCGUUAUGUCGGCCGUACAAGCAGAAUUUCAGACGCGCGUUAUUAUUACUUUGGAAACUCGUGUUUCUCUCUUGCCUGGCGCUGUGCAUUGCAUUUUGUCCUUAAGAAGGUAGGGGCGCCGCAGUGAUGAUUGGUAGGGAGCGCUAUCCACACUUAGGGGUGAGACCAGGCUGAGUGCUCAGUGGAAACUAUCCUGUGAUUACAUUUCACCCAGUUCUCUGUCGUGUUCAAAUUGGGGCGGAAAAUAAUUCCUUUUGAGAAAAGCAAUUUUUGCUGUUUUCAGACAAGGACUGCUGAAGAUUCCUUGCUUUACGCAGGGUUCUAACUAGCACAGGGAGGUGAUUAAGGUUAUAUUUAACCCUCAAUGAACUGUCAUGUGGCGGGGAGGCUUUGAAUUAGCAAAAUAAUUGAUGAAACGCUAUUUGUCGCCGCGAGACCUUUGAAUUUGGUAUCGAAACAGGUGAUGGAGACGUGUGUGACUUGUGCUAAAUGAUAGAAUAUUACGUGUACAACUGGAGCUGAAUCAUUUAAACUUCCCCGAGGAGCCUAUUUCCUUAUGUCACACAACUUUUGUUUCGAUAUCGUCGUUUACUUCCCCUUGUGAACGAUACCAGCGGAUCGAUCCACUCGGGCCUGUUUCACAUAUACAUAGAACGUAGUACAGCACGGGUCAACAGGACCUUCGGCGCGCUGUGUCUGUGCCGAUCCUGGUGCCACUGUAAUCUAGUCCCGUUUGUCUGCCAGUUUACCUGUCUGUCUAAAUGACUCUUAAAAAGGAUAAGAGCAAUUAUCAUGUCUUGUUGAGAGAGUGCUGCAGGUCUCUCCCCGUUUCAGCUACUUUCUUAACUAUUUUGGCAACAAUGCACAAUUCCUUUAAGUGGUCGAGCCGUUUACUGGCUGGAUUUGCAAUUCUGGAUUGUUGGUUCCUACGAACUAAUUGAUAAAGUCAAGCACAGAGUUUGAUUUUUUUCCCCCCGGGUGUAUGGGGAUGCUCGGGACAUCAUUUUGUGACAAUGGGAAAGCUCAGGGGCCCAAAGAAUCCUGAACUCACUUUCUGUUACAAGUCAAUGUGUAUGUUACGUUAUGCAUUAUUCAAAUCAUUCUUGAAGCACCGCAGCAAUACACUGCACACUAUAAAAGAUGCACUGCAGUAACUUACCAAGAUACUUUGGACAGCACCGUCCAAACCUGUGACCUCUGUCAUUUAGGACAAAGGCUGCAGAUAAAUGUGGGAAUCAUUGUCUACAAAUUUCCAUCCAAGCCACUUAGCAUCCUGACUUGGAAAUAUAUCGCCACUCCUUCACUGUUGCUGGGUCAAAAUGCUGGAACUCCCUACCCAACAGCAUUAUGGAUAUCAAAACACCAUUAGGAUAGCAGUAGUUCAAGAAGGUAGGGGAUAUCAGGGACUGGCAGUAAAUUCUACCCUAGCCAGUGAUCCCCACAUCCCAUUAAAAAAAGUAUACAAUGGUAGAGUGGAUAAAACAGCUUAGGAGAACUAAUGUGAGCUGAUUUUUGGUCACAGAUCUCAAGCAGGAUCAGUGGAGAUAGAAACCAGAGUUAGUUGGAAACAGUGACCCUGCUUCUGUCUCCAUGGACCUGCCAGACCCACUGAAUGUUUCGAGUGCUUUCAGUUUUUAUUUCUGAUUCCCCAGCAUCUGCUGUACAGUACUUUGGUCAGUGAACUGAUUUCAGUUUCUAAUCUAGCCAAUAAGUCAAGGGUGGCUGUGGGCCAAUUAGACUUCAGCUGUAUUUGGUGAAAACAGUUUGACUCUGGGUCUCCCUAUAGCCCAUAGACUGGAGUGGUUCAAGGAGGCAGCUCACUACCAACUUCUCUAGAGCCAUUAGGGAUGGGUAAUAAAUGCUGGCCAAGCCGCCAACACUGACAUCCCACAAACAAAUUAUUAAAAUGUUUAGUUUAAAAGAAUUAAGAUAAAAUUACAGGACAACAAGGAUCACAGCCUAUUUCGUGUAGCAUAGCCCAAUAUUUAUAUGUUUAAGGAACAUGCCAACUUAAAAAAAACUUCAGUAGUCAAACCAAACCAUGGAUGUAGACUUUGACACUGCCCUACUUCAAAUAGUGUAAUGCUUAAAGUGAACCAUUUAAUGUUUCUCUUUGUUGAAGUUUCAGAAAAUUAUAGAGACUUGUGGUGACAUGGCAAAUUUUCUGAUCACCAGCAGUCACAGCAGUUCACAAGCUGCUAAAUACAUUCAUCAUUAAGGCUGAAAACAUCACAGUUACUCAUUUACCUUUGUGGUUAUUAUAUGGUUACAGUUUAGUUUCUGAGAUCAGUAUAUUACAUUUGCAGACACUGUGAAACCUUGCACAUGAAUAUAUCUCGUCUUGCCAUGGUGCAAGCCAACAUUUCCCCCUCCCACUCAGAAACAGGGGCAUGCAGUACAAGUAAAUACCACGAGAUGUUUAGAUCAGCCUUUUGUAACAUCAUAUGGUCACCUGAUUAAUAGUCAACUAUGCAUUUUAUGAGGUAUUUAUUUCUUUUUAAAUAUAUAUUUCUAUAUUACAGAAAUAUAAUACAAUUGGCAACUUUUUAAUCAAUUCAAGGUGUCCUGCUUAAUAGAGGAAGUUCAGAAUGCCCGAAAACACAUCCAGUGGGAGAUCAUAUAAUCAGCUCAUUGUCACUGGCUGCUUUAUCAUAGAAUCAUACAGUACAAAACAGCCUCUUCAGCCCAUCAAGUCUGAACUGUGUAAAUUACAACAAAUCUACAUUAGUCCAAUUUGCCAGCACUAGGCCCUUUGCCUUGAAUGUUAUGACAUUUCAAGUAUCCGUUCAAACACUAUUUAAAGGUUGUGACAUUUCCUGCCUCAAUACCUUCCCAGGCAGUGCAUUCCAGACUCCCACAACCCUCUAGGUGAAAAAUGUUUUCCUUCCUUCUAAGUCUCCUGUCUUUCACCUGAAAAGAAAGUGUACCUCCUUGUUAUUUGCCCUUCAGCAAUGGGAACAGCUGUCUUUUAUCCACACUGUCAAUGUUGUUCGUAAUCUUAUACACCUCCAUCCGGUUCCCCCUCACCCUUCUCUGCUCCAAAGAAAAUAAUUCAAGCUUAUACAGCCUGUCUUCAGAGCUGAAGUGCUGCAUCCCAAGUAACAUCCUGGCGAAUCUUCUCUACACCACCUCCAGUGAAGUCACAUUCUUCUGAUAGUGUGAUGACCAGGACUGUACACAGUGCUCCAGCUGUGGCCAACCAACUUUUUGUACAACUCCAACAUAACCUCCCUGUUCUUGUAUUUUAUGCUUUGACUGAGAAUGGGAAGUGUGCCAUAUUGCCUUCCUUGGUUACAAUUUCUCCUCUGGCCUAGAAUUCUCUUCCUGUAAUAUAUUUUCAUUUAGCUUUGCAUAUUAAUUAGUCCGUUAUUCAAAUCAUUCUUCAAAUAUCACAACAAUACAUGCUGUACAGUGCAUAAAAUGGCAGCUCUUACAAGAAUCACUAAUAUUGAUGAGGUUUGAUUUGGAUUUCUUUUUAAAUCAUCUUGUUCAAUGUAUUAUAACACGACUCUGGAGCAGGUGGGACUUGAUCCUGAGACUGUCUGGCUAAGUGACAGGAACAUCACCACCUCACUAAAGAGCCCUUUAGAAUUUAAUUCUGUACCAAAUGAGUUAUCAGGGCCUUGUGGCCUGGUUUACACCAAGAUUAAAAUGAGGACUGGGGAAGUUUGAGCAUUUCAUCGGGAAGGAUGAGCAACAAGAUAUUGCAAUGCCAAAUCCUGAAGCAUUCACCAAAUACCUGUGUUCUGAUGUUCGCUGACAGUCAUUUAUCCUCUAGCCUGCCCUUUUUUCCAAUUAGUCUCCUACCCCUACCUUUUUCUACAGUGUAAAGUCAUCACGUUCCCACUUCUCUUCAGUUUUGAAGAUGAUUCAUAUUGGAUUUGAAACGUUAACUCUACUUCUCUCUGCACAGAUACUCAACAUCUGCUGGGUUUCUACUGCACUUUGAAUUUUUAUUCCACUAGCUACCACUUGUCAAUGUCAGAAAUUGCUACUUGAAUGCAAUCUUCAUGCAGACCGGCUCAGUUUUUGUGGCCCAUCUCUCAAUCAACUCAAUCAGUUUUCAGCAUAUAAGACAGAAAUUGCUCGAAAAACUGAGCAGGUCUGGCAGCAUCUGUGAAGGAAAGAACGGAGUUAACAUUUCGGGUCCAGUAACCAUUCCUCAGAACAAUUAUCAGCAUCUUCAACACCCAAGAGGCCCUUAUCUGUGAAUAGUUAUUCAUUACCCUUCUAUUUCCACAUGCACACUUAAAUACUUAAGUAUUUAUUAAAUAAUUCUACAAUUCCCAUCUUGAUUAUAAUCUCAACAUUCAUCCAUUGCCUCCUCUUUUAAAUUGAAAUUGACAGUAAAACUCAUCAAUCUCAAAAGUCUUCUUUCCCCUACAUAAUGUCUGUAGAUUCCAGUGUGCUUUUCUGACACUUGAACAUCUUCCAUUUAUUGCUGCUCUCUUUUCCUCAGUAAAUUUCAUUUGCCAUUGUAUCCUUUUGUAGUUUCCUUUUUUGCAAUCAAUUUGUUUUUUUUUGGCCCCCACUCUAGUUGAACCGUGAAGCAAAGGAAGGCAUGGUCGUAAAUCGCUAAUUUUUCUAUCACCUUUAUGUUGUUCAUUACCCAGAGCCAGUCCAGUACUGCUACCUUUCUAAUAGAAUUUGUAACAUAUUCCUAAGGAACAAUAGCUGAUGUCAAGGCUACAAUGACAGUGCUGUAAUGUACAAGUGUAGUGCUUUACAACAAAUUAAGUACUUCUUUUAAGUUAAUGUUUUUAACAUAAAAAAGCAGUUAAUCAGCACCCCGUCAACUCCCACAAACGUUAACGUAAUAAUAACCAGAUGAUCUGUUUUUGUGACGUUAAUUGAGGGAUUAAUUUUAGCCAUGGGUCAUUUUACGUCCAUCUGAGACAGCAGACUGGUCCCCUGAUUGCCCUGACAUUACUUCUGAAGGGAAGAAAAGUAUGGGAAAUACCAAUCUAGAAAAGCUUUACAUGGGUGAUGUGAAAACAGCUGGGCCAAUAAUUUCAUUUAUUGAUCACUUUUAAAAAAAAAUACCUGGAUUAAAUUUAUAUUAAAUUGUCUGCAGUAGUUCACUUGAACCUUAAUAAUACAAAUUGUCAGCUGAACGUGCUAAUGUGUCAGCCCAAAGCUUUGUUUCAUUGUGAAACUGGCAAAUAGAAAAGCUGGAGAACAAUAAUUGUCUCUUUAUAGCAGAAAUUACAAAUGAAACCAGCGCUUGUAAUUGAUUUUAGAGUGUCCUACUGUCUGCAAAAUUCGGAUCUUCAGGAAUUCUUUAUUUACACCACCCUGACUGUGAACCGCACAGUUCUGCCAAUGAGACUCAGUGCAGAGCAGAACUUUGUGGAGUGGGAUGCUUAAAAAUAAAUGGUUGGAAACAAGAAAUGAUGUGCACACUAUUAAAAGGGAGUUUCAAGCAACAGAUAUUACCCGUAAAAUGUUUGCUUAAACAGUUGUGUGAAACUGACAUCUGUCUUUUCAAAUAUACAGUUGAAUUACUUAUCAAGAUAAAUAUUGCAAAACAAAAUGCAGGCUAAACUCUGCAACAAAUAUUGCAGCUCCUACUGCAUAAACACAAGCACAAAAGAGACGUGUUUAAAGGACUGUGUAUUACUAGUUAUGCAACUAGCCAGAGGUGAGGGUUAUUCAUUCAAUAACAGCAUUGAAAAUGUAGGUUUCCUGUUUGUUAAACCUAUCCAAAUUGCAAACUUGUAACUAAAAUAGUGACCAAAAAAAUCCUUUUACACAAACUUGGAGAUAGCGAAAACUGCAGAUGAUGUAGUCAGAGUCAACACAGCAUGGAGCUGGAGGAGCACAGCAGGUCAGAAAGCAUCAGAGGAACAGGAAAGUCAACAUUUCAGGUGGGGACCCUUCUUCAGAAGUUAAGUUAAUCCUAGCCAGAUUGCAAACUUGUAGUUAAAGUAGUGACCAAAGAAAACCUUUUACACAAACGGGACCCUUCUUCAGAAGUUAAGAAGGAUCCCGACCCAAAACAUCGACUUUCCUGCUCCUCUGAUGCUGCCUGACCUGCUGUGUUCCUCCAGCUCCACAUAGUAUUAACUUUUAUACAAACUUGUUGCCUAUACUGACUUGCAAGUUACCAAAGCUUCUCUGAACAAAACUAAAUUCUUACUUGUUUGCGGUCUGUUGAUACAGAGCUUUCUUACAAAAAAAAUGUAGUGUGAAAAAUUCUCAAAGCGUUGUAUCUCAAAUUUCAAAUAUAUUUGCAUAUAAAGCUCCAAUAGUUUGGAGCUCAGUCCAGUGUUUCAGUGCUGGCUCUAAAUUGGUCAGCAUGGACAAGUUGGACCUUAGGGUCUGUUUCCAUGCAGUGGGAACCCAUGAAUUCCAUCACCCUGCUCUCUCCUUAAAACCGUGCUUCUAAUUUUCUUGCAUGUCAGCAUGACAGCACACUCACUCGGGAUUUCAAGCUUGCACAGUUUUGUCCGAAGCAAGAUAUCCAGUGACAAGUUUCUGAGUCGUUACAAUGUAUGCAAUUUUAAACAGAACAUCUCUGAGCAGGUAGAAUGUCUUCAGUCUUGGUUAAGCUUCUCCCAAGCUACAAUGUACGUAGUCUUAGAUAACAAAGUGUGAAGCUGGAUGAACACAGCAGGCCCAGCAGCAUCUCAGGAGCACAAAAGCUGACGUUUCGGGCCUAGACCCUUCAUCAGAGAGGGGGAUGGGGACAGGGUUCUGGAAUAAAUAGGGAGAGAGAGGGAGGCGGACCGAAGAUGGAGAGAAAAGAAGAUAGGUGGAGAGGAGAGUAUAGGUGGGGAGGUAGGGAGGGGAUAGGUCAGUCCGGGGAGGACGGACAGGUCAAGGAGGCGGGAUGAGGUUAGUAGGUAGGAAAUGGAGGUGCUGCUUGAGGUGGGAGGAGGGGAUGGGUGAGAGGAAGAACAGGUUAGGGAGGCAGGGACGAGCUGGGCUGGUUUUGGGAUGCAGUGGGGGAAGGGGAAAUUUUGAAGCUUGUGAAGCCCACAUUGAUACCAUUGGACUGCAGGGUUCCCAAGUGGAAUAUGCGUUGCUGUUCCUGCAAUCUUCGGGUGGCAUCAUUAUGGCACUGAGGAGGCCCAUGAUGGACAUGUCAUCUAAAGAAUGGGAGGGGGAGUGGAAAUGGUUCGCGACUGGGAGGUGCAGUUGUUCUUUGCGAACCGAGCGGAGGUACGUAGUCUUUCCUUCAUUUCUUUAGUUUGAAAUGUUGACACUGUCCAUAUAACCACUGAACUGGUUUGUUCUUCAGUUCAGUGAGCUGUCAAAUUCAAAUCUGUAAAAGAUGCUGGGGUCAGUUUUAUACUUGCACUGAUGUGAUAUCCUCGGAUACUUCCUGCACCGGACCCUUUAGAUCUCUUAUCGCAAAACACUGGUAGAAAUCUGUAAUUAAUGGUGCAGUAAAAUUCCAUGUUAAUUACAAAGCUAAUAAAGAAAAUUUAUUUUGUAAGCUCUUCAUCAAUUCUAAUCAGACUGUUACUUCCUUCAGUGAAAACUGGGUCAGUUCAGAAUCCAGGUGUAAAAAGAUUGCUCUACAAAAUUAGGAUAGAAAGGGCAUGUGUGGGACAAAAUGUAUUCCCAUUGCCUGCUCAGUUGGCCCUUCUUUCCAUACAACUCCUGGAAGCAGCAUUGAAGGCAUGUACCUGCAACAUUAUACUGGGUCCUGCCUGUGACUCGUCCGACUUCACUUUUUAAUCGGUUUGGCUUAUUUUAUGGCAGUCCUCUAAAUAAAACCUUUGUAAUAAGGGGGUUAUAGUUAGCCCAGUUGGCUGGUUGUGGUGCACAAUGAUACCAACAGCACAGGUUCAUUUUCUGGGAUCAGGGUCACCAUGAAGAACCCACCUUUUUGACCUCACCACUCACCUCGGGCUAAACCCACCAACAGCUCUCUCUCUCUCUGAUGAGGGAGAAGUCAUAAUGAUUUCUGGACAGUGCCGAAAAACAAAACAAAAGCCUGUAUAAUAACCUCAGUUUGCUCAACUGCUGUUAACAAUUAAAAAUAAUUUGAAUAAUUUCAAAUAAUUUAGCAUGUGUACUCAUGAAAUACUUUACUCCUUUGCACAGGUUAGCUAUGUCUCAGUACACUUUGAGUACGUUACCUCCUCCACUUGCUUAACCAUAUCAAGUUCCUGAUUGCUUUAAUUUGGAGAAUAUUAAUAAUUGAUUAUUAAUAAUUAAUAAUUGAACAUGGAUGAAACAAUGCCCUUAGAUGAUGCAGUUUUGGGGUGAAGUGGAAAUAGUGAUGUAGAUCCUAACCCGAGGAUAUAGUAAUUAGUCCAGCCAUCGCUUCAACAUUAAACGGAUUCAGCACCAAAUUAUCAAAGGAAAGGUUGGCUAGUAAAACUAGAUUCUAUUCUAAACCUAGUGAAUAGUUUCCAGGCUGCUCUUACUUGAUUUCAACUGGUUUUUAAAUUUAUUAAAAAGUGAGGGAUAAAUGAUGUUGUGAAGCAGACAAAAUAAAUGAAAUCUAUUGUAUCUUACAAUGUUUCUAUGACCUCACCUUGUUUUUUCAACUCCAGGUACAUUUUUCUCCUUUUAAUUAGGACAAUGAGAAAAAUCAGAGCUGCCACAACGAUGACACCAAUAUAAAAUUUAACUUCGACAGCCAUGGCUAGGAGAAAAGAUAGCAUGAAACUGAUACGGUUUACAUUCCAAAACUUCAAACAUGUCAAAACUUUCAAUUAUUAUUUAAGCGCAUUUUAAUCACCAAGGAAGCUACAACAACUGGCACUUGCAUGGAGCGUUUGACAUAUCAAAUAUACCCAAGGCAUUUCUUGGGAGCCAACAGGAGAUAUUAGGAUAGGUAAGUAAAUGCUUGGUCAAAGAUAGGUUUUAAGGCCUUACUUAAAAGAAAGCAGAGAGAAAUUCCAGGAACAAAUUUCAGGAGUUAAGAUUUGGACAUAUGAAGGCAUGACCAGGAAUGGUAGAACAAAAGAAAUGAGGCAUAUGUAAGAAUCUAAAUUGGAAUAAUGCAGAGUCUUGCAAUACAACUGUCAUGACCCAUCUAUGACAUCAAAUAUGAGUAAAUAUGUUACAUAGUGUGGCUGUGAAUUUUAAAACAAUGUUCCCAUAUUUUACACACUUAACCUGUGUUUUGUUUGCCCUUAAUUACUGCUAAUUGGAAUUUUUUUGUAAUUCCGUGGAUCUGAGCCUUGCAUUAAUCUUUGGAUAUAACGUCAUAUCUAUUUUCCAAAUGAGAAGUAAACAUGGACCUUGUUGGGCUUCCUAGUUGGUUGUAAAAGUAUGGAUGGUACUCUUUGAAGAAGAACAAGGAAGCUCUCACAGUUUUUUGCCCAAUGUUUACCCUUCCCCCUUCCACCAAUUUCAUUGAAAACAGAUUAUCCAAUCUUUAUCUCAUUGCUAUUUACAGUAUCUUGUUGUGCAGAGAUAGGCUGCAGUGUUUCCUACAUUAUAACUGUGGCUACACUUCAAAAGUGUCUCAUUUGCUGCAAAGUGCAUUGGGACGUUAUGAGGUUGUGGAAGAUGAUAUAGAAUUGUAAGUCUAUUUUGACAGGAGGCAGAAUUAGAUUCAACCAAUGUUAAUCCCAAUGUUAAUCCCAAUUAGCCUCCGUACUUCAGACACUAGCAUGAAGGUGAGCUGCGAGCACUUGGAAUGAUCCAUUGCUCAGGUUGGUCCCCUCCAGGGAAAAUUAGAAGAGAGAUUCAGGGCUGGGAAUUUCCACAGAACCCCACCAACUGGAAGUGGGGCCUGAUUCUAUGCUUGGGUGAGGCCCCUGCUAUGCUACCAGUGAAGUAUCUACAAAGUACCAGAGAAUCCCCAGCCCUGCUGCUUAAUUUGCACGAUCUUAACUGUAAACAUAGUGACCAUUUGAAGGCUUGGUUCAUCAUUAAAGCUAUAAAGAAAUCAAAUUUUAUUUAAAUUGAAAUAUUGUUUGUGUGAGUCAGUCAUUAACACUUACCUGGCUGGCUUGCUGUAGUUACUGAAGGACUUGGUUUGUUUGAGCCACUGGGUAUUGUUGUCCUCGGCACACUUGUGGUGUUAACGAAGCUUCUUCCUUGAGUUGUGGUCGUCUUUGGAAUAAUGAUGGGCACACCACAUUCUACGUCCUCUGUACUUGAACCAUUUUUAAUUAAACGCUGUCCAAUUUCUUCACAACUAUAUGAAAAAAAAUCCGAUGUUGUAUUAGUAAAACAAUCUGCUUUGUGUGAAAUGGAAAGCACAUCUGCUCUUUUAAAGACCAAGCACAGAUAAUUUGGGCCAAGUGGCCACUUUCUCUGGUGUAAGCCUCUCUGAUGUCUCUACAUUCUGACAGGAAUCGUUGCAUUACUUUAUAACCAUGGAAUAAACAGUGGACUGCUCAAACAUAACAAGCUCAUCAUGUGUCUGUGGGACACCGGGAAAAUAACACAGUAAGUGCUCAAAACUCAAACAUUUGUCAUAGAGUCAUAAAGCACGGAAAUACACCCUUCAGUCCAACUGGUCUGUACCAACCAGAUAUCCUAAACUGAAAUAACCCCAUUUGUCCGUGUUCAGCACAUAUCCCUCUAAACUCAUCCUAUUCAUGUACCUGUCCAAAUGUCUUUUAAAUGUUAUAACUAUACCUGCACUUACCAUUUCACCUGGCAGCUCAUCCCAUACAUGCACCAUCCUCUGUGUGAAAAAAUUACCCAUCACGUCCCUUUUAAAUAUUUUCCCUCUCACUUUUUGGACUCGUUUGAAAAAGACCUUAACUAUACACCUUAUUCUAGAAUGUUAUUUUCAAUAAUUUUCUCCUUUCUGGAAAUAAUGAGAAGAUAAACAGAGGAUCAAUCUGCUUUUUGUUACUUACUGAUUUUUGGAAAGGGACAAAAUUAAACAGUAUUGGAGUUGGACUGAACUGGGUGAAAAUGACUUUAGAUAUUUCUCUUCAUACAGAGCCAACAGAGAAAACAAAGGACUGGAUGAGACUGAAGUGAACGUCAAAUAUCCUAAAGUACAUUUUUCAUGCAUCAGACUACCUCUCGUGUCCUUCAUUACUUUUUCCUCCAAAUAUUUCUUUAAUCCCCUCUUGAAUACAUUGGCAGUAUCAAAGUGGUUGUGUUUAUUUCAGUCUUCAUCUGUUGGAUGUUAAACUGCUAUGAAAUGUUAUAAAUGAUAAUCUGUGAACUGGUGGCUUAGUAUGGAAGUGUCUGAUAUUAAGUAUUUAUGUAGGUGUUGUCAGUGUGCAGUAGAACCUUAAAAUAAGAACACAAAGGAUUACAUGCUGCACUGAUUUUCACUGCAGUUUGUGUAAAUGUGUUCUUUAUAGAACCUAAUCUUUUUACUGAACAAGGGCAAGCUAGCUGGAAUGGCCGUCAGUCCUCACACUUGAAUCAUAUACAGACUUGUACUGCUUAAAGUCACACACAUAUCAGUUACAAAGCUGAACAAAUGCUUCACGUACCAGGUCCAGGGCUUGCAGGGAUUAAUACCUUCUUCAUCAGAAUAAAAUCUUGAUGGACAUGGCUCACAGGAAUUGGACUCUUAUAUGGAUGAAAAUAAGUUAAAAAUGACAUGCAGUUCAUGACAAUGUGUUCUGAUGAAAGAUCAUCGACAUGCAAGGUUAAUGGUAUUUCUCUCUAUGCAGAUACUGCUAGAGUAGCUGAGUGUUCCCAGUAUUUUCCAUUUUUAUUUCAGAUUUCCUGCAUCUGCAAUAUUUUGCUUUUGUAAUGGCAAAGGGUGUCAUGUUUGCCUUUGUAAGCACAUUAUUGUACAGCUCUCACUUCACUGAUUCCACCCUUUUCUCGCUUUACAAGGAAUCUAAGUGUGCAACUGAGAACAGCAGCAGGCUGUUUAUUUUGUUAAAAAGACGUUUAAAUUCACUACAUUUUCACGCUUUCCAAAUUGCAGUUGCAAAGAAUUAUAUUCUCUAACAUCAUUUUGUCUCUCUCGACUUCUUCCUGCUGAUUUUAAUGAACUCUUUUAGAUGUCUUUUUAAUGGUCAUUGUCACUAGGAGACAUUCCCAGUUACAGGAAGAAUGGCCACUGAGUCAGACGAAGUCCCUUAAAAUUGAGAUGUAUCUAACACAGACUUACAAAGAAUCUAAGUGUGCAACUGAUAACAGCAGCAAACUGCCAUUUCCUGGUUGAGGUUCAAUGUAAGGAUACUCCCAUCAUCCACGUUCAACUAUCUCUGAUACCUGUUUACAGAAAUCUUGACAAUGACUAGUGCAAUGAUAUCGAAAAGAGUUUGGAUCAAAGAUUUUACAUGGAGAGCAAUAGGCUCUUCCACCAAUUUUAUUUAGAAAUUAAACAAACGGGAUUUAUACCAUUGCAUCACAUGUUUGCAAGUGAACAAGCUAUAAUUUGCUGUACAUUUUAAUUGCAAUUGUGCCAUUUUAGACAGAAAUGUUCACUAAAAUCAGCAGGAUGAAGAGGAAACUUUGUCACUCAUCCUGCAACAUCAAGGCAUUGGUUAUUCAGGAGUAGAUGACAGACAAAUGAAAGUAAUUCAGCCUUUGAGCCUGCACCACCAUUUGAUAAGACUGCUCAUCUGACUGUAAGCUUCACUCCAUAACUAUUUCAUACCUUUUAUUAAUUGUUUGCCUUUGCCACACGAGCAUUCAGCAUCCGAAUUUUUUUCACACUUCUUUUUAUAUUUGGCACCUGAUUCCGUAUUGAAAACAAAGGGCAUUUUCAUAAAAUUAUUACAAAGGUCAAGUCAAAAAACAAGUUUGUUCAUUCAAUGCUAGGUCAGCAUUUAUUGCCCAUCCCUAAUUGCCCAGAGGGCAGUUAAGAGUCAACCACAUUGCUGUGGGUCUGGAGUCACAUGUAGGCCAGACCAGGUAAGGAUGGAGUUUCCUUCCCUAAAAGACAUUAGUGAAGCAGUCGGGGGUUUUCCUGACAAUUGACAUUAGUUUCAUCUUAUAAUUAGACUAUUAAUUCCAGAUUUUUAACUGAAUCUAAAUUUCACCAUCUGCCCCGUGGUGGGUUUGAACCCAGUCCCCGGAUCAUUGCCUCGUCUCUGGAAUAAUAGUCUAGCAAGAAUGCAUUGGCCAUUGCACACCACCAUAUGUUCACCUACUGUAUGCUGAUUUUUUAAAAAUAUCAAACAUUUGACAAUUCAUUCUCUCAUUAGCAACCUACAGCCCCACAAUUGAUAAAACAAAAUGUCAAACUUGCAGCUUCUCCCAGUAAGUCAUCUCUGGGAACAUGACAUUAGUUUAGGGAGAUCUGCUGCUAAUUUAGUUGUAAUGUAAUCUAGUGUAAUGCUAAUCUAAUGUCUUACUCAAAGAUAUCAUAUUUAUAUUUGCUAACAAUACAGUGUCACCUGGGACAGUAGGAGAUAUAUUUUCUCAACAACUUUCUCCAUCUAUGAGGUUGAGGGGCAACCUAAGAGGUUUAUAAAGUCAUGAGGGAUAUAGCUAAGGUGUCAUUUCCCUCCGGUGGGGAUGUCAGGGAGCAUAUUUUUAAGGUGCAAGGAAAAAAGUUUUAAAAAAAGACAUGACGGGCAAUUUUUUUACACAGAGGGAGUAGUUUGUGUGUGGAAUGAACUUCCAGAGGAACCGGGGAACACAGGUACAGUUAGGACAUUAAAAAAAAAUUUAGGUAAGCACAUGAAUAAGAAAUGUUAGGAGCAAUAUGGGCCAAUCACAGGCAGCCAUGAUCAGUUUAAUUUGGGAAUAUGAUCAACAUGGACUGUUUGGUCUGAAAUAACAUGGUGUGAAGCUGAAUGAACACAGCGGGCCAAGCAGCAUCAGAGGGGCAGGAAAGCUUGACAUUUCGGAUCAGGACCUGAACGGUCAUUUUCCAUGAUGCAUGACUCUAUGACUCUCCUUUCUUUCCCAUUUCUCCUGCUGCUCUUCCUCCACAGCUGAACUGAAUGGCUUUCUCAUCCAAUUAGCUCAUUAGUAGCAGUAUUACAUAAUACAUAUUAUAAAUAGAUUUCUAACAAUAACAACACAUACCAAUCUUCUCUAUUGAAGCAAAGUUCAUUAGAAGUAGUGUUAUUUCAAGCUUUUGGAAAAGGGGAGAAUGUAAAGGGAAGCAGAUAAAGGGCAGACCAAUGGGAUCAGAGUGGAAAGCUCCUACUGAAAUACAGACAUAGGAAUGAUGAAAGGAAUAUUCUCCUUCCAGGCUGGAAAUUCUACAAUUAACAGCAUUAUAGGUACAAGGUAGUGCAUCUUCAUUACUUGAUUGAAUUAUGAAUGUAAGAAACAGAUUUAGGAACUCAACAGUAGUCAAUAGGCUCACCUUCAGAACAUAUUUUGCAUGAAGCACAAGAACUGUGUGCAUUCCAUCUGCUGGUAUACUUUCCUGUUGGGCAUUCUGCACAGACUGGAUCUUCAUUGAAAUUUACACACCGACUUACCAAAUAAUGUCCUAGUUUAAGAAAAUGCCGGUGAGAUUUGGUUAGAAUCUGUUGAUUUGGAGCCAAAACACCAAAGGAAAUAAAUACAAUAUCAGUGAAAUUAUUGGAAAUAUCAACCUAAUGAUGAGGCUAAUGCUGUAUUUAUUAAAACAUUUUCAGUUGAGAAUGUUGUAUCACUAUCACAAUCACUAAUAUCCCCACCACCAUAUCACUACAGUGUGCAAUUAACACUAUGACUGUAUCAAUUUUUGAAGCACACAGCUAUUUCUUUCAAAUUCUGUCUCUUGCUUUGCAUUGAUAUUGCUUAUGUGCCCUCCUAAUUAUGGGCAACACAUGUCUGAAACCAUGUAGUUUGAUGUGAUGAGUCACUUGUGUUCUCAAAUUAACUAUCCCAACAUGUUUUCACAGCAUCUAAGAGGAAUACCUUAUAGCUAAUGUACUAUCCCACUGAUUGCUGUAUUAAAAUGCAUUGUUUUACCAUAUUGCUUGCUAUUUCUGUAAUGGUGAUAGGUUAUUGCAAGGUGAGCAUAUUGGCCUCAUGCAUUUCCAGUCAGACUUGGAACUGGCUUUGGUCAGGGAUGCCAUUAGGGCAUUUUGACAGAGAGAUAACCAAGAAAGGUAGGACAUGUAUUCUGCCUCCUAGACAAAGGUUCUACUCGAGUGGCAGGUGAGUGGCAGAUGAAAGGAGGUGACAGUGUCAGCCAAAAAAAGACCUGGUGGAACACAUUUAAACAACGAAAGAGAUUAUGGUGGAGCAAGUAUUGCUGCCCAUAUUUUCUCUAGUCCUGUUCAACACAAGGUCUACCAUACUAUACGUUUUACCAUACAUAUAAAUUCAGCAGUUCUUUUGGUGGGAAAAUUUUACAAGGCUUCAUUGGCUGAGGAGUAAAGUGGGACAAAUUGAAAAGCUCAUACAAAGAGCCUUUACACACAGAAUUGCUGAAUGUCCUCCUUCUGUUCAGUAUGACUGCAAGGGUUCACUGACUUGCAAUAUUAGUUUGAAAGGCAGUGUUAGCUCUUUUUAUUUGCUUGCUUUCCAAAGAUGAAGACUAUCACUGCUUAGACUAGUUCUGGCAUUUCUCAUCAUAACAACAAACUGAUUAUAUAGUGCAGUAGAUCAAGCUAUCAUUCAAUGAAUGUCCAGGAGGAAUAACAGCAAAACCUCCAAGAAGUAAACGCAUGCUCUAUGAAACAUAGAUGAUGCUUGUAUUCAAAAGCAGUUCAAAGGACCCAGAUAUUUCAAAAAAGAAACAAUGGUGGCUUUUUAAUAAUUGACAAUAUGAAACUUUCAGUUAGAAUCUGCAGCUCAAGAUACCUGUACACAACCUUUACAAAUAUGCCACAGGACAGAAUGUACAAUAUUGAACAUGGGAUGUUUAUGAAGAAAAGUAUUCACUAAGCUUGUUCAAGCAGCAUGUUUUGCCUGGACCACCAAGGAAGGAGGCAGUCUAUAUGAUAUUUCAUUAAAUGAGACACAAUAAUGGUGAGGUAUCUACCAUAUUGCGCACUAUGGUUACAGAGAGUGGAUUCACCACAUUUUGAAUGAAGGAGCAGCACACACCAAAGGGGAGUAAUCAAAAGGUGCAGAUUAACAGUGGUAACUGAACAACCACUACAAACAGGGAGGUGAAGAUAUCAGCAAUUGAUUCAAACGGUCUUUCAAUAAGUUGCUCAUUAACAACAUAUGGUUUAACAUGGGACGUGCACGCAAUAAAUACAGGUACCUAUUGUCAUUGCAGACAAAUAUCAAUGCUACAAUGAAAGAGUUUUCUGUACUUCAACAAACAGCUGUUGAUUCAUAACCAGUGAAAAAACUGAACUGCUUUUAUCUGCAGCAUUGAGAAUCUGAACUAAUUAGUUUUAUUGUGUUUGAAAAAGACAUAUUGCCUAAAACUAAACCUGAUUUCUAAAAUGCACCUUGUUGUGCCAGUGGUGUGGCAAUAAUGGUGUGCUUGCCAAGCCAUCUGUUUCUAUCUAUUGUACAUAAUAAAGUUUUUUUUUGCUUAAAUUGUCAGUAUGAAAGUGAACUAUAGGGCCACAUCCUUAUGCAACCAACAUCAUUCACAUGUUACAGUAGAAAGCAGAUGAAUGACCCUCCAGGCUGUUAAAUGUAUAGUCAUCAAGUAUUUAAUUGUGUUCAUAUAACAGGUAUUAACCUGCAAUAUACUUAGGCUCCUAUAUGUGAGAACAGACUGAAAAUUUGGUACAACAGAAACAAAAUUUUAGUUAUGGAAUUAGGGAUGCAUUUUAAGAAUGUGUUUGCAUAUUAAAUUUUGUAAGUAUGUAAAGAUAAGGCAUCAGUUUAUUUCUCAGAGCCUGGCUAAUGGGUGUAAAAGACAUUUCAAUCCCCAAUGCAAAUAACAUUUUCUUACUUCGGAGCAAAAAUAAGAAACAAGGUGUAUACAGCAUCCACUUUCUGCUCAUUGAAUAACCUAGUACCAGAAUUCUGCAUCUACUUAUUUGGAAUUCAGUAAAUUGCUUUGCAGUUUGUUACUUCUUUUUGGACUUUAAAGAGUGUUGAACUACAGAAACAGAGCUUCUAAAUAUAAAUUGUAACAAACUAUUAAUACUAAAUAUUGAAAUUUAUAGAAAGGACUAUUGAGACAGCGGCUAUUUACUUUAAUCUUACCCAAUCCUAUAGAAUAGACGUGUAAAGUUUAAGGUCAUUAAUGAAAAUUAAAUUUAAAUUAACGAGAGAUUACUACUAUGGCCUUUAAUUUCUAAUCACAUAGUGAAAAUGUGAAUUUUUAAAUGUUUACUUCAGCGGAAUUUACAGUGAUACAAUUUAUAAACUUCCUUUGGUAGUGACUCAGUUCCCUUUCAUAUAUUUUCCAUAGCACUCUUUCUGCAAAACCUCUGGAUCGCCCACUUUUGUUAAAACAUUUUUUAACUGUUUACUCCUGAUGAGAGGCAAUAGCUGCACUUUUUAUUUCCUUUCUUGGUAUGCUCUGUUAGCCACAGUCAUGCACCAAUCUUUUUGUUAUUGCUGCCCACAUAACAUUCAGUUCUUUACACAACUAUUGAUUACCUUGUGUACUUGAGAACCAUAUUUGGUUUUUAAUUGCAUUUAGCUUUGAAGUAUGCUAGAAAUGAUUGAUUUAUGUCUUGUGUAUGUACUCCCUGGUUCAUAAAAAAAUGUUUCCACUAUGUUACAUUUCACUUUCGCACGACUAAAAGCACAACUGUUUUGCAAGAAGUACACUUGAGCAUUGCCUUUUUGUUCACAUUGUUACACAGUAAACAUCAGUUC